CUCGCAAAUGCUUUUAGGAUCCAACCAGUCACUACCUCAACGUCGUCGCUUAUCCUGUAGCGGUUAUCAUCAACGCGUCAAAAAAUAACCUCACACUCCACCUCCAACACAAAAGGUUGGCAAAAUGAAGAAGCGCAUGUGGAUACCUAGUAUCAAAAAGGCAAAAGAAAUAACACACUUACAUUGAUGAUGAGGACGAAUUAUGGUUAGUGGGGUAUAGCAACAGCUUUGUAGCAAGUUAUGGGUAUAGCAAAGAUUGUAUAGCAAAGUCGGCCACUUGACCGUUGAACCAAACCACCACUUGAUGAUUUGGUUCGAGGUUAAUGACAUUGUUUGGGGCUAUAUUGGAGAGAAGCGAAAGUGAAUAUGGAGGAGUUGGGUUGAUUGGAUGAUAGACUCUCGUCACAUCUAUCUCUUCACUUUCGGACCCGUAUUGAUCCGUCUUUUGAAAAGCGGUAAGGUGGCAUGCCGUAUGGUAUCCUCAAGACCUUUUUGCUAGAUCUUGUAGCCUCUUCUCAUAUGUGUUUAUACGCAUUGCCUCAAGAAACACGUGCAACAACCCUCUUUCAGUCGCAUACCUACUUUGCAUGACUUGGGUCUUUUUUUUGAACACCAAAUCUCUCUUCUCUCUAUAUCGACAGAUACUGCAAACAAAUAGCUUGCAUUAACGUUGCGCAAAUGCCUGGAGAUGGAGAUGAAGUACCGCGUCUUCUUCGGGAUCGUCAUAUAAAAGCUGUUAGAGAUAAAUUUCAUCGGCCACCAACAGUCAAUGAAUUACGGGCUAUCGAUGCACUUCCACUUGAGCCUCGAAAGAACCUCAACGACACCUCUCCAAAUGGUCAAAGAAUCUAUGAAUUGUUGAGAGCAUAUGAGAAGGCUGGCUAUGUUGAAGGGCUUGAAGAAGCUGGGAGACUACUCUGGGCGCAGGUAUUUGCAGAACCAGAUUUCAGCCAAGCACCUAGAAUGGAACCAUUUUCAGCCGUCAGGAAUAUUGCGGCAUGUGGGAUCAGUGAAGUUAAAUACAGGGCCAGUCAACAUCCUACAAGAACACCGAAAGAAAAGCCCUUACAAUGGACGUCUGCAGAGAAAGUGAUUUCCAUCAAUGCUACGUCAAAUGCUUUUGCUGGAUCUCCUCAGAAGCCUUGGAUGACAAGGGGUGUUUCGAUAUCACCAACUCCUCGACGUGCUAGUAUCUCAUCAGUUCAAAAUGACAAUAACAACAAGCCUGCUAGUAAUCACUUCCAAUCUCCCGAUGCACAGUCAGUCUCAUUACGAUUUGCACAAUCUGGUCAGCAAACUAAUAACCGCACAUCUACAUUUACCACCCCAGCUCCUGGAGGUCCACCACACACCUCUAGUGGUGGUAUUUAUAUUCCAUGGCCAUUGCAUCAAAAAACUCAAGAACAUCAAUAUGCAAGCCCAUAUUCAAUCCAAGCCUCUACAAACUCUAUACCGUAUGUCCCGGAAAGAGGAGAACCAGCACGGGAUAUAAUGUCCCGUGCUAAUGUCUCUUCAAAUAUUGUUGGUGAAUCAAGAGUCCCAGUACAGCGACCAAUUUCCCAUUCUAAUUACACUCCAAAUUGGAAGAGUGAAUCGACAGAUUGUAAUACAUCAAUGGGAAAUCCUCUUCAUGCCCAUGUGUAUCAUCAAUCAUAUCCCUCCGUUACCUUGGAAACAAAUCGGUUCGGCCAAACUACGUUCUCAGACUCAACUCGUCAACACGCCCCUUGGGGACAUCGAACUUCCAAGAUGUCGUCUCCUGGAAAUUAUUCUGAAUAUUCCCCUCUUCCUUCCACAAACAAACCCCUUCUACAGCCAUUAAAUGAAGAAGGCUACCAAGAUAGACAGAUCGCAAGCUCAACUGGCAAUACAUAUGAUCCUACAAGUCCUCCCUUUCAUCCAGCCAUAUCGUCUGAGGGACAACAACUCUUUCGCCUACGCAAAGAAGAAGAGGAAACAGAGCUUGCUCGCAUAACCUCGAAUAUCCACCACUCUUUAUCAGCACUACCUGAUAAUCAGAGAGAUCAACAAACUGAAUCGAGCUCGACAAUAGUUGCUGCAAAUACCUCAACAAGCAUGUCGACAACUGGCCAUAGAACCCAACUUGCUACACCAAACGCUUCUAUGCAGCAAAGUCCUUCGUCUGAUACUUCUGCUGUAGCACCAGGUCAGUUGAGUAACAAUCCUUUCGUCAUUCGUGACGAUAUGGGGUUUAUACCAUUAAGUUCACAAGACUUUACAGAUCAAGACAUGAACUUCGCUCUAAACAAUCCUCUGCCAAUGAGUUCCAGAAGAAUCACCAGAUCUAUCUCUAGCUCCACCCACACACCAAUUCUGCCUUCACCCAAAACCAUGAAUGGCAGAACUACCUUUUCAGAUGGGGCCAGUCCUCAAUCUGGAAUGUUGAUUCCCGAAAACCCACUACCCGGUACAAUCUUCAGCACUAGAGCCCAAAACUUCCUCUCGGUUCACAAUGCCAAGAAGAAUAGCACAAAAAAACCAUUCCUUCCUAAAGCUCCAGUUUCCGCUCAAGUAGAUGGAGCAUCAGAUUCUGCAUCAAAUAUCGGCGUUCUAGCACAUUACAUUCCAGAAUUACCACCGCAGCAAAAAUUAUCCUACUCGAGCGCCUCCCCAAACUUCUCCAUCGAAUUCAUCUACUUCGACCCCACGAAAGAUUACGACAAUGACGACAAUGCGUACACAGAGAAUCCAAUCUCUGUCUCCCAGGCCUCUAUCUCCUAUCCUGCUCAACCCCCACACAGCCUCUUUCAUCCCACCCCAACCCGUCCUUCACCCCCACCACCCCAUCUCCGUCCCCACACCCCAGAGUAUCUCCUCUUCCCACCCACCGCCGCCUCAUCCUCCAAGCAAACCUGGCCACCACCUCCCCCCGAAAUCGAAGGCUACCGUCAAUACACCUUCGUCCGCGACCGCAUCUCCCUCAACAUGAAAGCCAAACGUCGCACUGAGAUCGAUCUCGAUACAGGAGAGUAUCGAUAUAGCAUGGAUAGCAAGGAGACGAGUCGGGGAUAUAAGAUGGAUGGGACGCGUGUCCGCACUAGUUCGCGAUAUUUUCAUAAGAAGAGGAUUGCGAAGAAAUCGAAGGAGAAGGAGGAGGAGGAGAGGGUGGAUGAGAUUGCUAGGAAGGUGGAGAGUGUGGAGAAGGGGGUUGAGGAGAUGAGGAGGGAAGAGGGAGAUGUGUUGUUGGGGUUGUUGGGUGGUGGGUUCUUGCCUUUGUGA